AUGGAUCUUUGUAAGGAGGCUUCACUUGAAGCGAAAAAUGAGGAACACGAUCGCUUCUACCCCUACAAAAUCGGCAAACCUCUACGUGGCCAGCCGAUGGGUUUUGAACACAGCGGUGGCCGAACGGACGCACGUACGCACGCGCGCGUCAAAACGUUGGGAGAGGAGCGGUCACACGGGCAGGCAUCGAUCGAUCCCGUCUCAGCCCCGGGUAAAACGCGACAGCGCGCUUCUGCGCAGGCAACGCAGCCAGAGGCUUGUUGCCAAGGCGCGUAG